AUGAAAUAUCUGUUUGCUCCAGGUAUAAUUAAUGAUGUAUUGCACGGAACGAAACAUGAAGCCAACAGAUCGCAGUCGAAUAGAACGCAGUCGAAUAGAACGCAGUCGAACAGAGCGCAGUCGAACAGAUCGCAGUCGAACAGAUCGCAGCCGAGUGGGACAAAGCUCGGUGGGGCAAGUUUGGGCACCGGGACAAGUUCGGGCACCGGGACAAGUUCGGGUACCGGGACAAGUUCGGGUACCGGGACAACUUCGGUCAGAGCAAACGCGUGUGGAGCAAGAAAGGAUAAGUCGAAAGAAGCCAGCACGAAGACGGUCAGCGCAAGAAGCAAUCCGGUGCAUUUGCGGGCCGAUGAUACCCAACGCGUCAAUGAUGGUCAAGGUGCAGGAUACACCCUUGAUAACGAGGCUGAACUACAACACACUUUUGAAGGCUUCAAACGGCCUCAAAAGCGGAAGCCACCUGGAGCUGGCAAAAGCGCCAAGUGCGCUACUCAGCAGAUCCAGAGUCUUGGUCAACUCCCUCCCGCGACCCAAAGACGAGAAGCUCAGAAACACCAAGUACCUCGCGAGCAUCUAGACCCUAGCGAGCAUCUAGACCCUAGCGAGCAUCUAGACCCUAACGAGCAUCUAGACCCUAGCGAGCAUCCAGACCCUAGAAUUAGCCUUAUAGCUAGCCCCCCAAUUCACCCUCACUCCAACCCGAGUGACACCGACUCCAGCCAUCACAUUCCUCCCAAUCACACCGUCCCAAUGGAGAGCAAGAACGCUAAUUGCGGCCGAAUGGAUCAUAGCGCGGACGACAAGGACAAUAGCACGAACCACCAGGGUCGUAUACAACGAUCAUCUCGUCUGGCCACGGCUUCUGAAUCCCGUCAUAGUAAACCGGUAUUUCACGACUUGGAUGAGAUGCGGCAGGCCCCUGGUCUUUUGACUAUUGCGAAUCUCCUGUGCGAUCAACCAAGACGUUCCGGUAAACGAAAACAUGAGGCUUCCGAGACCGGAAGUUCGCGAUUAAAAACCGACCAGGAUCUAGUCCCCGAGAGGGCUGACAACUCCAGCUCAGAACUCGGGUCGGACAACGAACUCGAACCCGGGUUUGACCGCAAUUCGGAACACAUACCCGGCCAUCUAUCAGGACACGGAUCAUCAAUCAACAAUUCAAUGAGGCCGAAAGAGCCAGCAUCAUCCGCAGGCAGAUCUCCAUUACGCUCACCUCCUCGCAUUUGCCGCGAGAUCGCCAUGGCUACUACCAAGCAACAGAAACGGAAGCCGAAAGCCAGGGGACGCGAAACGUGUGCGAAAAUUCAUCCUCCCUCAGUGCGCGGUCAAACCCGAGCUCAAGCGGAAAGCGAUGAUCAAGCAAAAGGCAUUGACCCAGUGAGCACAGUAACACACCGUCGUAUGUUGCCUACAUCUGAUGCAUCUAUUAGCGAUUCCGGGAUAAAGAAAAGGCGAGGCAGGGAAGAGCACAACUCUCCCGUGAUAAUGAUAUCCUGCUCGCCGGUAUCUACCGACUCACCAGACUACGAGAAUGUUCCAUUUAGUGACAUCAACACAAAUGACGUCAACACAAUUGACGUCAACACAAAUGACGACAAAUCUAAUGAUGACACAUCUGGUAGCUUUCCGUUCCCAAGCUCUGGCCGUGUGUGGGCUGAGCGCGUAGUUCUGUGUAAAUCUGAAAGUUGCCGUUUUCGGUCUGAUACAGCGGAUCGAAGUUUGCCCGCGACUGAGGACGACGAUACGGGGUUGAGGGAAGGACUUGUUAAUAGUACACUUCCCGGUAAUGUACCAUUGGGUAAUGUACCAUUGGGUAAUGUACCAUUGGGUAAUGUACCAUUGGGUAAUGUACCAUUGGGUAAUGUACCAUUGAGUAGCGUAUUAUUGGGCCAUGCAGAUGAGGGCGUGGUGGACGUAGGAGAUGUGGCUUGGACGGCACCUGAGGAGGCACGUUUAGAGGAAUUGGUGGCGAAGUACGGUCAGGCGGACUGGGGUGCUAUUGCUGAGAAGUUGGGGAGUAGAACGCCUGAUAGUUGCGCGGCGAAAUUUGCCGACUUACUGACGGAGAGAUAUACGGAGUCCUGUCGCAAGAGCAAGAUCAGGACGAAGAAUAAGAAUGGGGCGAAACUGCCGGUUGCUGAGGCCGAGAGCUUUGGCAAGCGAGACCCUUACCGAAAGUGGCGCAUGACAAGGCUCCUUUCAGAGAGAACUUUUGUACAGGAAGUCAACCUGAAAGCAACUCUGCUCACACCUCCAGCGCCAUCCAAGACGGAAAACUGGCAGGAAGCGGGCAGUGAUGCGCGCCCUUUUAGCAACCAAGGCAACGCCGACUCCGGUGUCCCGUUAGAGGGCGCCCCGUUAGGGGGCGCCCCGUUAGAGGGUGUCAAGUCAGAUGACGUCAAGUUAGAUGACGUCAAGUUAGAUGACGUCAAGUUAGAUGAAAUCAAUCUUCAACAGGCACUGGAUCCAACGAGCAAGGGAAUAGAUCUACCUGUCGACAGCCUCCACGCGGUACGUACAGUAGAACGCCAAGAGCCAUCAUGUAGGGUCAAGCGCUACUCGUUCUUCGACGAUACGUUCGGCGCAGAUCUUGGCGAAAACCAGUCAUCUGCGUCCAACCCAGACCGGUCUCUGCUCCGUCAGGUCUUGCCCGACUGGGCCGGCGAUGCUACAACGUCCAGUCUCGAUAACAUGAGGUUCUUUAGUAAACAUGCUAUUCGACCCAAGUGUUCAAAACAACCGAGCCACCCAGCAAGCCAGCAAAAGAAAGAUCAACCCGCGAGUCAAACGCGCAUCCAACCGCAGGCGCGAAUCAAUGACCUUGUGUUGGUGGCAGCAAGCAACUCGGAUGCGAAGGCAGCGACAACGAUUUCGAAAACCGCUUUGCAAGAAGAGUUGGCCACCGUACUCCCGCAUGAGGAAGAAUACCAGUUCAUUACAACGGAGCUGGAGGCGCUCGAUGACGAGAAUAUGAAGGUUGUCAACUGA